UCCUUCCGGUCGGUUUCGUUUGAGGAGCACAGUUUGAUCACACCUCGAUACAAGUUCAGAACAUUUAACCUACUAAUGAAUUUGAUGGAAGAUGUCGUCCGACUUAACGUUAGACUUGGAUAACCAUAAACCUUGUUUCAUGAUGAACCCGGAAACCGGCUUCUCCAUCGACCAGGGAGACGAGUGGGACUUCAGUCUUUUUGAUGAACUUGAUUCCCUGGGGGAUGCAGACGAUUUGCUGAAAGCCCUUCAGAACGCGGACUAUACCUGCGGGGCUCCAGAACUUGCCUUUGAUAUUCCCAUACCUGAAUGGACUGAAGGCUACUACACAAACAACGCCUGCACAGAUGGUGAGGUGAGCACGCACUCUCUGUCACCUUCUCACACCGUGAGCUCCGUCCCCUCCCCCACAGCUGCGGAGGCGCUGUCCCCCUACUCCUUACACGAUGAGGCUUUUUCCCCACAGUCUCAGCCUUCCCCAGUGUCUGUCUGCUCCGAGUCCAGUGGGUUUUCUGAAAUCCAUCCCCUGGCGAAGAAAGCGCUGAAGAGGACCAGCCAGACUGCGCGAGUGUUUGGGGAACCGCUUUGGUCAGAUGCACAGCAGGAAAACCGCCGCACAGUCUGUCACUCCAAACCAGCACAGUCAAGCAACAGGCGCAUUCAGAUGAGCGCCAAAGUUUCCAUCCAGCCCAAACCGGUGAUUGCAGCUGUGGCCUUGGCUCAUGCAGCUGCUCCCCUGCAGCCCAAGACAAUCAUCAUCCAACCCUUACAGACCACCAUGCUGCCUGUGGUCAAAGCUCCAAUCAGUAUCCAGCCAGCGCCCUCUCCAGGCCAGCCCAUUGUGCUGUCGCAACCAAGCCAGUUGCUACACAUCAAUACCCCCCAGACUGUCACUGGCAGCGUGGUCUCCAUGCCAGCACUGGGCCAGGACAGGCCUGUCGUCGCGCCGCCAGUGGUCACGCUUCGAAGCCCUUCUUCGGAUGACGAUACAAAGUUUUCCCAGAGACAGCAGCGCAUGAUAAAGAACCGCGAGUCCGCCUCCCUGUCGCGGAAUAAGAAAAAAGAAUAUCUGCUAUCGCUGGAAGCACGCCUGAAAGUGGCGCUGUCUGAGAACAAGGUGCUCAAAGGCGAGAACGGCAGCCUCAAGAGGCAACUGGAAGGCCUGCGGAGUGAGAAUACUGUGCUUAAGGCAACGGCCCCUAAGAGACGAGCUGUGUGCCUCAUGGUGGUCUUGGUCUUCCUCGUGCUCAGUGUCGGCCCAAUAAGUCAGCUUCAGGGCAACUCUGGUCCUGGGCUGGAGCUUGUGCCCGUGCAACACAGUAGACACCUGUUGGGUUUCUCCCCGGAAACAGACAGCAAGGUCGUGACGGGCACCGAGCCCCUUGGAAAUGGCCGCAAUGGCCGCGUCGAGGUGGCCGACAGUACUGAGGACAAGGCCCUGAUGGUGGUGAAGGAGCUUAACUUCCUCAGGCCACCUCCCCCCUGCCUGCCGCCUGUUAAUAGGACCAAAUGUAUUGAGCUGGCCCAUGAGUUGAGGGGGUGGGUCCACCGUCAUGACGUGCAGCUGACCAAAUCCAGGCGCAUGAGUAACAGCCACCUCAGACCCUCCCGGAACAUUCUGAAAACUGAACAUAAGGAUGCCGAGAGCUCCCAGAUUGUGACUGUUCCAUACGCUAAAACUGCCAAAGAAAAGACCACUGGCAGCGAGCUACAGGUGUACUACAGAACCCCUCACACGUACAGUGACUUCCUUGCCGAGAUAAACCGGCGAGGUGACACGUUCUACGUCGUGUCUUUCCGCAGGGAUCAUCUCCUACUUCCUGCCACCAACCACAAUAAAGGAAGUCGCCCUAAGAUGUCUGUGGUGUUGCCUGCCAUGAACAUAAACGACAGCAUCAUCGGAGACAAGGAGUUCGAGGUGAUGAUGCAGAUCGAUUGCGAAGUGACUGACACCAGGAUCCUCCACAUCCGCUCGUCCACCGUCCCGCCAAUGCUGCGGGUCAACCGCACGCAAACCUUUUAUCAACGCUCACCGGCUGACGCCCAGGCUGCUGCUCCCGUCGACGUGCUUGUGGGGUCUGCCUAGGACAACCUUCGGCAAUUAAAGUUGGUAAAAAAAUUGAAGCAGACUAUUUCACAUCAAUCCAGUCACCACAUUCUUUGUCGUGGCCUGAAUUCCGGAAAGUAGUAUCAGCGGUUGGAGCUAGCUCCUUAUGUGGCUGCACUGACUUCCCCAUAUAACCCCAGACGUCCCACGUACAGGUAAUUGCUUAGCAGCAGGGGGCUGAGCAGUGAACCCUGAGUCACCCCAUCACAACACAAAUGCACCAUUUGUUAGCAGCUCUAUCUUGAAGUCCACUUCUACUUUUUGUUCCUCCUGUCUGGAUCAACUAAGCUAAAGAAUAAUAUUCCAACUUGCACAUCUUUUUUAAAAGGCAAAAAUCAGCUGAAUGGGGAUUGCUACGUUGUUACUCAUACAUUAUUUGGAAAUACUACAGGAGAUUCCAUCCAGCUACAAACAGGACGCUCAGGAAGUCAUAUAUUCUCUGAACUCUGACCACUAUGUAUAUGUCCUUGGUGUGUUUUCGGUUUUUCUACUGUAAUGAUGAAGAAAUGUUGCUUAAUUUGAAAAUAUUUGAACAGAGAUGUUUUAUAUAUUUAUUUUGAUUGUCAUAACCUUUGACAAAAUGUGUAUUUUCAUGUGUGUCUUUGAGUUGUAUUGUGUAAAAGUGUUGUUUGGGGAUUUUUCAAAUUGCUUUUUGAGUUCAGAAGCCGUCUUUUGGGGGGAAAAUGUAAGAAAUAUAUAUUGCACUUUUUUAAUAGUGCACUUCAAGCCUUUUGAAUAUAAAACUAUAUAUAUGUAGUGGGUGGGGUAAUGACAGUUUUAGUAGCUUGUACUGCAGUACAGAUCUUGGAUGUUCAGUUUUGGUUAGAAAUGUCUCAUUAGCAGUUUUUUUUUUUUUUUUCAGUCUAUGUGCUGAUGAGUUCAAUGCAGCUCUGUUUUGCUACUUGCCUAUUUUAGCCCGUUUCCUGUGUGUGUUUCAGAAAAACGUUGAUUCCCAUGUCACUGCAAGCCUGUUAUAGUUAAGGACAUGGAAGAUGUGUGUUUUGUGCAUACACCAAAAUAAACACUGGAUUUUGA